CAGCGUGUCUGUGCUGGAUGCAGUCUGUCAGUCAGCUAGUCAGUGUCGAGCCACACCGGGUCUCAGCCGCAGAGAAAAGCAUCAGGAUAUUUUACCGCCGGGGAGGAAAACAAGUCGGUCCCUUUCUGUUUAUUUGGUUUUAUUUGAUCUCAGGGAGAAGAGGUUUCUAAGCGACCCGUUUGGACUUGGAUGAGAAAGUCCAAGAAGUCCCUCUCCCGGAGAGACCAGCGGAAUAUGAUUUGAAUCCAGGGAACCAACAGCACCGUUGCUCGUAAACAGGAUGAAUCUCCGCUCCCUCCAUGCCGCCAUGCUGCUGUGGUCCUUGUGCCCCGGCACUCGGGCCCAGUGUGAUGCUUCCUCCCAGACCAACAAACUCGACCUCUCCGUCUCCUUCGAGCUCCCGACGUUCACCGCAGACUUUCCGAUUCAGAACAUGGUGACGCUGGACGGGAUCGUCUACGUCGGGGCGGUGAACAGAAUCUACGCCCUGGCCCCGAACCUCACAAAGCUGUCUGAGUACCGCACGGGGCCCCUGCUCGCCAACGAGACCUGCGGCCAGAAACCGACCGGUGCUGUUUCCGGCGGCGGCGGCAGGAUGGACAACCGGAACAUUGCCUUGGUGGUGGAGAACAUUUACGAUAAGGGUUUGUUCAGCUGCGGCUCGGCGGACAACGGGGUCUGCCGCCGCCACGUCCUGGACGACGACAUCAGCCCCAAAACCGUAGACGAGCAAGUGUCCUGCUUCGGCGACAAGGCGAGGCCGCGCAAGGGUCAGCCCGGCGACUCGGACGUGGUCGUCAGCCCUUCGGGCUCCCAGGUGCUCAACGUGGAAAGCAACGUCAUCAAGUUUUUCGCGGGGAACUCAGAGAUACCGGGCAGCGGAAACGUCUCGGGCAACGCGACGCGUCCCCACACCUUGGCCCUGCGCAAGAUGAAGACGAGCCAGAACGGCUUCACCUUCUUCUCCGCGCGCUCGCACAUGGACCUGAUCCCGUCUCUCCGUGGAAACUACUACCUGCGAUACGUUUACUCCUUUCACAGUGGACCAUUCACCUACUUCCUCACGGUGCAGCGGGUGAGCUGGGACUCGCAGGCCUACCACACCCGCAUCGCCCGCAUGUGCUCCGGGGACGUGGAGAUCCGCCGCUACGUGGAGAUGCCUCUCGAGUGCAUCAGCACCGACAAAAGGCGGCGGCGCUCCGAGGAAACCAUGAAGGUAUUCAACAUCCUCCAGGCGGCCCACGUCGGCAAGGUGGGCCACGACGUCGAGCUCCAGAAGAAGCUGUUAGUGGAGGAAGGCGGCGACGUGCUGUUCGCCGCCUUCGCCCGGGGAAAGCCGAACUCCUCGGAGCCCACCCCAAACUCGGCCGUCUGCGCCAUUUCCGUGAGCCACAUCAACAAAAUGUUCAAGCUGUACAUGCAGGGGUGCAACACAGUCGACCCGUAUCACUUCACGGGGUCGGACAGGAAGUCCUGCUACAACGUGAGUUCAUCGGACGACUGCGGCCCGCACGAGGGAAUCCACGAAGGCAAGGAGGGCGAGUACCGCCUGCAGGUGACCCAGUUCUUCCAGAGGCUUGUGUACUGGCACAAAGAGCUGACCAACACCUUGGUCACGUCCAUCACUGUGGUGCCGGUACACGGCCGGACUGUGGCGUACCUGGGCACCGCCGACGGGCGCCACAUACAGGUGCUCUUCUCCCGACUUGCCUCUCCGCAUGUCAACAUCCGGCUGGACUCGAGACCCGUCUCCGCUGCCGUGGCGCUGCUGGAGGCCGACGGCUCAGACGGCGCCCUGCUGAUGGCGACUGGGAACAAGAUCACUCGCGUCCCUCUGAUUGGCCCCGGCUGUGGUCAGCUGACCACCUGCACUUCCUGUUUGCUGUCAUCGCGGGUCACCGAAUGCGGCUGGUGCGACGGACGCUGCAGCAGAGCCGACCGGUGCCCCCCCCCCUCCGUCUGGACCCAGGACUACUGCCCACCUGUCAUCACCAAGGUGUUCCCGACCUCCGGGCCGAUUCGCGGCUCCACGGCGGUCACCGUGUGUGGUGGCGGCUUCGGCUUCGACAAGACGGAGAGCUUCAGGCCCUACAUGGUGACGGUGGAGGUGGCCGGAGCUCCCUGCAGGCUGCCCCGACAGGACAACAUCAACAGGUGGACUGUGAUUCAGUGUUCCCCAGUGUUCAGCGGGAACUUCACCCCGUCAGGACACACCGUGAAGGUCACCAGCGGCCAGAAGGUCGCCACAGCGGAGGGCUUCACCUUCGUGGACCCCGUGAUUCACGAAAUCUUCCCGACAUUCGGGCCGAAGUCGGGGGGCACCAUGCUGACCAUCAGGGGGGCCUUCCUGGACACGGGGAGCAAGCGGGAGGUGACAAUCGGGAAAGGGGCCUGUAAGAUCCUGAGCCUGUCGUCCACCAUGCUGACCUGCAAGACGCCUUCCCACGCCGACACCGCCCCCUCCAAGCAGACAGUGAAGCUGACGGUGGACUCGGUGGAGCGCCUGGCGCCAGCGCCGUUCACCUUCAACCCAAACCCCAUCGUCAACAGCAUCCAGCCCUCGCGCUCCUUCGUCAGCGGAGGAUGCACGGUGUCAGCUCACGGGUCCUUCCUCCAGUCCGGCCUCCAGCCCCAGAUGGUCCUCACCACGGGUCAGGAUGCUGAGGUCUUCCAUGUGAGCUGCGUGUACGGGGAGAACCGCACGUCCAUCCAGUGCACCACGCCCUCCCUGGCCAAACUGGCUCUGCAGCCGCCCGUGGUCACCAAGGUGGCGUUUGUCUUGGACGGCUACUACACCAGUCAGCGGGAUCUGAUCUACGUGGAGGACCCCCUCUUCCAGGACCCCAAGCUCACCUCCAAGGACAACAAGAGCAUCGUGGAGCUCAAGGGUCACCACAUGGACAGGGAGGCCAUGAAGUGUCAGGUCCUCACGGUCUCCAACCACAGCUGUGAGAGUCUGACUCUGAGUGGGAACACUCUGGAGUGCAUCGUCCCCACCGAGCUGCAGGCCGACACCUCCAAGGAGCUGCAGGUGGAGUGGCGCCAGGCGGAUUCCAUCCGGCACCUGGGAAAGGUGACGCUGGCUCAGGAGCCGGACUACACGGGCCUGGUGGUGGGCUGCGUGUGCGUCAGCCUGCUGCUGCUGCUGCUGGGCUCGCUGCUCAUGUGGAGGAGGAACAAACACAUCGACGAUCUGUCCGAGGUGUGGUACGAUGGCCGUGGUCACAUCCAGCAUCUGGACCGGCUGGCCAACGCGAGGAGCGUCAGCCCCACCAACGAAAUGGUCUCCCACGAGUCGGUCGACUAUAGAACGACCCUGAUAGAGGAUCCGGGUGGCGACCGGCCUGAGACGUGCCGAGGGGCUCCUCCCAUCUACGGGGGCAACGGGGAGCUGCUGUCCCCCAGACUGCGGAGAAUGGGGGGUGGGCUCAGCCUGGGGAUGGAGGGCGAGCUGGUGUCCCCCCUGCUGAUGGCCCCGGUCCACAUUGACCCGUCCUGCCUCCACCCGGACCUGCUGACCGAGGUGCAGCACGUGGUCAUCGCCAGGGAGCAGCUGCUGCUCCACCUCAACCAGGUCAUCGGCAGAGGUCACUUCGGUUGUGUUUUCCACGGAACGCUACUGGAGGCAGACGGGCAGAAGCAGCACUGUGCCGUCAAGUCCCUGAACCGCAUCACCGAUUUGGAAGAAGUAUCCCAGUUCCUGAAGGAGGGGAUCAUCAUGAAGGACUUCAGCCACCUAAACGUUCUCUCGCUUCUGGGAAUCUGCCUGCCGCCUUCAGGCUCGCCGCUGGUGGUUCUGCCCUAUAUGAAGCACGGCGACCUGCGCAACUUCAUCCGUGAUGAAGGACACAACCCAACAGUGAAGGACCUAAUGGGCUUCGGGCUGCAGGUGGCCAGAGGGAUGGAGUAUCUAGCCAGCAAGAAGUUUGUCCACCGAGACCUAGCAGCCAGGAACUGCAUGCUGGACGAGAGCUAUACGGUGAAGGUGGCAGACUUCGGCCUGGCGAGAGACGUCUACGAUAAAGAAUACUACAGCGUCCACAACAAGAGCGGAGUCAAGCUGCCAGUCAAGUGGAUGGCUCUGGAGAGUCUGCAGACACACAAGUUCACCCCCAAGUCGGAUGUGUGGUCGUUUGGCGUGUUGCUGUGGGAACUGAUGACCCGCGGAGCUCCACCGUAUUCGGAUGUGAACUCCUUCGACAUCACCGUGUUCCUGCUGCAGGGGAGGAGGCUGCUGCAGCCCGAGUUUUGCCCCGACGCACUCUACACCGUGAUGAUCGAAUGCUGGCAUCCAAAGCCGGAGCGCCGACCUUCCUUCUCUGAGCUGGUGUCGAGCAUCUCCGCCAUCUUCUCCAGCUUCAGCGGGGAGCACUACGUCCUGCUCAACACCACCUACGUCAACAUUGAGAAGAUGAGCCCUUACCCGUCUCUCCUCACCUCCUCCGCCUCGCCCUCCGCCAGCAGCAACGCUUCCUACUCCUCUACGCCUUCCUCAUCCGACCCCUCCACCUCCACGUCCCUGCCGACUCAGUCCCCCUUCUUUGGCCAUGCGAAGCAGGAAUGCUGCAUCUGAGAGGCGAAAAGGUGGAGGUUGGGGGUGGAGAAAAGACUCUGAUCAUGUGAGAAAAGAGCAGAGAAGAAGGCAGUGAGGCGAUGAGGAAUCACUGUAUGAACUUGGCAAACACUGGACACUGUAUGCUGAGAAGCUUUGACCUUUCACUCAUUGUACAUAGACUGUCUGACCUUUUGACUUUCCCGAGCAGCACUAAAGACCGGGUCCAUCGUGAACGACAGGCCCGACCUCGUCGACUUGGGGGCGGGUGCGAGUUCCGCUGCCGCCUCUUUCCCCCCCUCCCACACGACGCAGGAAAAUGCCUCCCGGAAGAUUCCCAGCGGACAGAAGCACAAGUCACAAAGAAACUCAUCCAAAAUGUUGAGCUCCUGCUCCUGUCUGGGUGGCACCGCACGCACCCUAAGCCUGACCUUUUUAUUUUUGUAAUGUGAAUGUUUGAUAAACGGGCGUGUAUUGUGUCAGAUGUCACGGCUCCUCCCGAAGCCGGCUUUGAGAGAUGGCGGCACCCUGGGGUGAGCCCUCGGGGGCAGGGUAGGCGAGAAAAAAAAGCCAAACCUGCUGCGUGUGUGCAGUUCACUGGAUGCUUGUGUAAUUAGCUUUUGCUGUGCUUGAGGGGCCAAAAUAACCCACCCCCCUGUGACCCCACAUGUGAGGAGUUAUUUUUUUAUCUGAAACGUGCCAUCAUUUUCACGCACACAUAAAACAACUUUUAGGUCUGGAGGAAAUAACUUUUUUUUUACAUCUGGACGCAAGGGUUUUCAACUCUAAAAGGAACCAAACUGCGUGUUUAUGACGAUGAAAUAUUUUCAUGUCAACAGGCUGUAGAACGUGUGUUUGAAUGUUUUUUGCUUUUUAACAAAAGCUUGUAUAAAAGCUGCACUUUUGCUGACCGUUUUUUUAAUAAGCAUGCUGUACAGGUUUUACUCCCUUUCAGGCAGCCACUUACUUCCAUUCAUUUCUGUACAUUAUUAAAAAUCUGUCCAUAGGCCAACUUCCCUCUGAUUCGCAGAGAGAUUCAUUCAAAUGUGUAAAAAUGUGUGUACUGGUGUUAAUGAUAACCGUGUAACAUUGUAUAUUGAUGUAACGUUAAUAAUACACAUGUGAAAUAUGGUGUCAGUAAUGCAGUUGCUAUGGUUAGAGGCCUUAUCUCAACCUCCCUGCACUUGUAUUUUGAGUGUAAUUACUUUGCCAAAACAUAGACAAAAUACUAAAAAAAUAAAUGAUCAACUUAAAGAUGAAUUUUACAGUGACAUCAGUUGAGGCAUUUGAUCCGAUGUUGUGACUGAAAUAUAAUACAAUAUAGGAAAAGGUUUGCUUCCUUCAGGUCUUUUUCUUUAAGUGAGGUAUGAUGAUGGAUUUCACAAGUCUGAACUCAAUUUAAAUCCAGAUUUGAACGCUUUGUUGUGAUGCAAAUUAAACUUAAUUUGACGCAAACGUGCUGAAACGUUCCAAAUCCUCAAAGCCCCCUUUUGUGUCUGCUUUGCGUGGCGGAUUUUUAUUAUAUUAUCUGAAUGGCUGCUGAUGUGACUGGGCCAUUGACAGACAGAUAUGAUUGUUUGCUAUGACAAGAAAAAUCGCUGUACUAUAUAUUUUUGUAUCGAUGACGAGCCUCUGGUUUCUGGUGUGGAUUUAAAGACCAGAGGGAGAAGUGAUCGAUGGACGUAGCCGCCUAAUCAAUCUUUUGUCUUCUUGAAGAACCAUUGCCAUCUUGUAAAUAGAGAGAAGGGGUCGCGUUGGAUCCGCGAGGGUAUUUUGCAUCUCGCUGAUAAUCACUUGAUCAUGUGACUCUCUGCCACUUUGUCUGUUCUCAACACUGUCUGUUGUGUGUGUAUGAAUUGUUGUACAUAAGAAAUCCUGAAGGUACAUAUGUAAUGUCAAGUCAACCUUGUCAGUGUAAUAAAGCUUUACUAUCCUC